CAUCGGCAUUGACCCGGGUGAGGUUUACACAAUGACAGCGACAAGAAUCGACCCCGCCGCCUUACCCACGAAAAGAGAGUCUUUACGGAUCCACAGGGCAUUUCUCUAUAGGCCUUAUAUGCUCUUCAAGUGUCUCCUAGAAAAGCAGAAGGCCGCGGCACGCAUUGAUGUCCUUGAGGUAAUACUGCCCUCAUUUACCGCGGAGAAGAUCGAGGAGUAUCUGACGUAUCUGGAGGCGCCUGGCACGGACGGCACCGCCGCAACCACCAUGAGAGUCCGCCUUUUUAACUUUUACAACAGUCAAUGGAUGCUAAGGAAGCGCUGGGAUCUUCAAAAGGCUCAACAGGCAACGUAUGACUACGCAGUUGCGGCCUUGCUUGACCUUGCCGUCAGUAAGGACUUUGUUGGUCACCGCUGA